AUGGAAUGGCCGAGGAUACCGCAGGCUUGGGGCUGGACCGGAAGACGCACGGGUCACCAAGGUGAGAGAGCGCAGCUUGCAAGUACAGGCUUGUACUCGGUACCGUCACCAGCCAGGCUUGGCCCUACUAGUAGUAGUAUUGAUCGCCUAGCAGACUGCUCCAAGGAGGCAGACGCUGCUCGACAGCGAAUCAGCGGGCACUGCAUCCCGUGUUGUGGUGCUGGUCUGAGACCGCCAAAAGUGCCAGACGUAUUCACUGCCAGCUUCAAUCUUGUUCUGGGCAGCUUCGAGGCUUCUGCUGCUGCUGAUGUACAGGAUACGCCGUGCAUGCCAACCUCUAACGCCUCAGAUUUGCCUUUGGCCGCCUCCCGGGGGCGUCUUGAAGUCAUGCACUUGGCCGUCUUGGUGCCGGAAAUACCUGGGGCUAAUGGCGCCAUUGGCCGCUCGCGACCCACCCCCAGCGGUUUUGCUUGUGCUCCAGCCCAGCAGGCAGGGAUUUGUUUCGUCACUUUGGCCAGCCAGAGCGCAGACAGUAGACGAUGGCGCAUGGCGCACUGGCCGUUUCUGUUGCCUCGCGCGCUGCCAUCUUCUCCGCACUUGUCACCGCUAGCACUGUGGCGACCUGAAGCUUUAGCGCAGUGGAAUGGCGAUUCUCUUGGCCCCAGCCCUCCGCUGAGCAUCGGCGCCAUCAGCGCUGUGAUGCUGCGCUGCAGGCCAGCUGCGGGUACUGUACCAAGUACCGCUGCGGUACCUUUACUGGUUGCGGCUACGCGUCCCUGCGCGUCCGUCUGCUGGCCUCUAUCGCUCGCUUUACUGGCACCAGACUGUCACCGUCACUUGUCAGGUACUGGGUACGUUGUGUUCCCAGCGCUGCUCGCCUCCCAGUACUACCCGGACGUUGCAGAGACUUUGCCCUGA